UGGUGGCAGUGCUGAGCGUGACUGAAGCCCAGCCAUCCUCAGGGCUGCCUGCUCUCAGCACCCAUUAACACUGACACCAGCACCUACAUUAGCCAAAAUGUCCCAGGUGCUGAUGCACAAACCCCUGACACUGCUGCAGCCCGAGCUCCUCUGGAGCAAUCCCCAGGAAUGGCCUGAGCAGGAGCACUGCCCACAGCGAGCCCUGGGCCAGGGCUGUCCCACCAGCAGGCAGCAAUAACUCACACAGACAGCUCUGCUCUCAGAGAAAUGCACCCAGUGCCAGCCCAAACCCAGCACACACUGGCAAUCCACGCAGCAGUACCUGCCAGGGCAGAAGGGCUGCAAGCUGCACAAAGGUGCAAUCCCUGCCUGCAUGGGCCAAACCCAGGAAUCCCCCGGGAGAGGCAGAGCCCAACCCAGGCCCUGUGCCAGGGACACCAGGGGCAGGAGAGGGGGCAGGUCCUGGCACCACUGUCAGGGGGCUCUGAGCAGACUCUUGUAAUGCUUUGGCAAUGACUGGUGCUAUCCAGAACGUGGAAUUCACACACGAACAACACCCAGGAGCUACACUGGAGGGUUAUCCUAAAAUGCUGUCAGGAAACACUCUGUGUUUGCUCAUCCUCCCAGCCCAGGUGCAGCAGGUCUGCCCCAUGCACACACAAACCCAGAAAUGUGUCUGUCCUGAGAGGCAGGCUCAGCUUUCCUUUCCCAGCUCAGGAGCAGAUGGUGUGCUUUCUCACACAGAGCAAAGGGAAGAGACAGAAGCAAUAGCAAUGUGACCAACUCAGGCGGCACUGAAAUGAGGAAGGAAACCACACACCAGCAGAAAAACGUCUCAUCUUUCUACACAUUUCCCCACUCCCAACACUUUGCUCGAGGCUUGUGCUGGCAGAGGAGCAGCGGAUGAGAUGGGGACAGCCACAGAGGGCCCUGUGACAGCUGCUGCAGGUUUGCCCAGUCUGUUCCCAACCCUGGGAGGCUCUGCAAACACGAGCUCUGUGGCUAACACCAGUGGAGCUCCCUCCUCUGCACCGUGCCAGCGUGACACCACCGUCACCCACCUGCUCUUCCCCGUGCUCUACACCCUCAUCUUCCUCCUGGGGCUCCUGCUGAACAGCCUGGCCUGCUGGGCCUUCUUCCACAUCCCAAGCACAUCAACCUUCAUCAUCUACUUGAAAAACAUCUUGGUUUCUGAUUUCAUCAUGACGCUGAUGCUGCCCCUGAAGAUCCUGACAGACUCCGGCCUGGCGCCGUGGCAGCUCAGGGCCUUUGUCUGCCGCUUCUCAGCCGUGAUAUUCUAUGACACCAUGUACAUCAGCAUCGUGCUGCUGGGGCUCAUUGCUUUCGACAGAUUUCUCAAGAUUGUGAGGCCUUUUGGGAAGUUCUGGGUGCAAAACCUGACCUCAGCAAAGAUCCUGGCGUCUCUGGUCUGGCUCUUCUUCCUCGUCCUGUCCCUGCCCAACAUGGUCCUGUCCAACAAGGCAGCGACGCCGCAGUCCGUGAGGAAGUGUGCCUCCUUGAAGAGCCACCUCGGGCUGAAAUGGCACGGGGCUGUCAACUACGUCUGUCAGUUCAUCUUCUGGACUGUCCUCCUCCUCAUGCUGCUAUUUUAUACAGUCAUUGCCAGAAAGGUAUAUGAGUCCUACGUAAAAACACAGAAGAAAGGCAACAGAAGCGAAAAGCGGAUCAAGGGGAAAGUAUUCAUCAUUUUUACCGUGUUCUUCCUGUGCUUUGCCCCCUUCCACUUCAGCAGGGUGCCCUACACCGUGAGCCAGACGAGCGCCCACAUGGAGUGCCGGCUGCAGAACCAGCUGUUCGUGGCCAAGGAGAGCACGCUGUGGCUGGCGGCCACCAACGUCUGCAUGGACCCCCUCAUCUACCUGCUCCUCUGCAAGCCCUUCCUGGAGAAGGUGUUCCACAGGAGGGUGAGGGCUCUGCAGGGAGCAGCCCAGGCAAACCCAAAAACAGAGCUGGACACACGAGUAUCUCCCACUGAGUCCUGAUUCUGCAGCUGCACACUCUGCUCUGCAUCCGCAUGGAGAACUUGAAAAACAGUUUGGUUUACUUCUGCUGAAGAGCACAAAAGGGUGUUUGCCAAGCAAUACUAACACUCAAUAAAUGCAGCAAAAUGGAUUUUCUAAGUACACUCACUGCAUAGCCUUAAUGGCCAAAAGGCUCUUGCUCAAACUGCCUAAGACAAUCCACAGGUUAAUUCUCUCUGCUUUAAACUAAACCAACUCACUUGCUAACACCUGAGCAGCUUACUGACUCUGGCUGCUCUGAAGGGCAAUCCAGCUUUAUUUGGGAGUGAACCCCAGAGCUGGUGACUGUGUAUGUCAGUAAUUCCUACCCUGAGUGUCAGCUUGGCUGCACACCAAGAGCAGGCAAGGGGAGGAACAGAGGCAAGGACUCGGUCCCUUCCCAGCCUUCCUCGCCUCUCUCACACAUGUAAUUACUUUGCUGCUACCCACACUGUUUCACCACCCUUCCUUCUGCUCCCAGCAGCAGCACCUGGUGGAGGGCAGUGCUGGCAGUGCCCCAGUUCAGUACCCCAGCUCAGCACCCCAGUUUCCCAGGACAAUGCUGGCAGUACCCCAGCUCAGCAUCCCAUUUUCCCAGGACAUGCUCCUAUCCAAGUGAGCAGAGCAGCCAGGGCUGCACCCUCACCCUGAGCCUUGUGGGGCUGAGCCCCACGCUGCCCUCACCAUUAAGGAACACCCAGAGAUGCGCCCUUGGUGGCACCUUCACCCUUCCAGUCCCAGCCCAGGCCAGAAGGGGCAGGGGGCCCUGAGAGCCUCCCCAUCCAGAGAAUCCUCUCCACCCAGCUCACCAGACCACUCACAGGGCUCUCCCUGCCUAUCCCACAGGGACUGUGCCUGCACAGAAACACUUCCUAACCCCAGAGCCUGGAAUUUAUCUCACUAGGUCAAGACUGCAGUGUCCCUCAUCCCAAACCACCCCUUCUCCUCCAGCUCUCCUGCCAGCUUUACUCUGUCUCACACGUGCCAGACACUUUGAUCACCACCAGACUGCUAUUUUUAGAAUUCCAUUGUUCACAGCAGCCCAAUCCAACCCAGCAGGUUGCUCCAUACAGCUUGAUUUUCUCAAAGCUGCUCUCGAUUGCUGUGCAUUAAUUAUCUCUGCCCCUGGGGUUCCCCAGCCCGUGCCACACAGGGAGAUGUAUGUCUUAUUUAGCAACUUCUACCCACUACAUCUCCUCCACCAGGCGUGUUACACACCUUCCACAGCUGGAACACCCUUCCUGACUGGAAACUGAACUAUCUCCAAUCAGCUUUCAAUUGGUUCUGAAUCUGCCUAUAAAUCAACGUUAUCUCAGCCAUUGUCUACCUCUUACAUUAAAUGUUGCCGCAUUAAAGGCUCUCCCCACACACACAUGCACUGUUAACAGGAUUAACUUUGCUCCUUUAGGAAAAGUAAAUAUAAUAAAUUCUCAGCUGCUGAAGUAGCCAGCCCUUCAGUAA